GGGAAGAAAGGUAUGAAUACUUUUUCACGGUGCUGUUAAGCUACAAGCAUUUAUACUUUGCUGUGAACGCAAGCUCAAUACCCCAAACCAGCGUGCACCCCCGAAAAGUAAGAUGUAAAAACAACACAAGAAUCAAAGAACAAAAAGGAGAGAGAAGAUGGGGAUACACCAGCGAUCUAUAAGAUGACAGCUGCAAUCAGUCAAGCUGAACAGGAACAUCUUCAAUCACAGAACCUGAUUGUUGUCAGACAGCCCAAAACUGGAGUACAAGGAGGAUAAGAGCUCAUGGAGCUGCAGACUGAAACGGGUCCGAUGCUGCCACCCAUGCGCGCCCUGCAGUAGUGCGUUGUACAACCCGAUGCAACGCACGUUAUCCACUAGGGGGCGCAUGGUCACCAACCUCUCCAUCUCUCUCUCUCCAUGUUCCCCUCUUCAUCCGUCUGUAGCAGGGGGAUGCCGGAGUCCAGCCGCAGCUCUUUUCUCAUUCAUGCUGAGCGCUGCUCUCCUGUGCGCACGGAUCUGCAGAGCUGAGCUUUUUUGAACCGUUGCUGCUGUUUCUGUUCUCUUGACAAGCCAAGCGGGAAUGGAAACGUCUUCUGCUGCAAUUCUGACAUCCCGAUAAAAGAAAAGAAGAAGAAAUAAUGUCAAGUAGGGAUAAUGCAAAACACGGCUUAAUCAGGCUUGUAGCAGACAAGGCUGAGGAUCCAGGGAUGAAGAUAUAAAAUCAACACUAAAGAAAAGGGGAUAACAGAGACCUAGAAGAUUACUACUUUGAGACAAUUUUUUUUUUUUUACAUCACCGAACCCUGCGGUCUUUUAAAGCACUGACUGACCCCUUCACGCAUUACACUCUCAAAAAUACACACCAACACCCACUCCCCCCACUCACCACCAUGUCCUUACACCUUAAUCCACCACUUGUCAUCUUCCCUUUACUUUUCCUUCUCCUCUCCCUUCCCAAGACCUCCACAUCUACCACUCCUUCCGCCUCUUCUCUCCUCUCCUUCUCUCCACCGGAAGGGGGUCUCACACAUUUGGUGGUCCACAACAAAACUGGAGAGGUCUAUCUGGGUGCUGUCAACUGGAUCUACAAGCUAUCCAGCAACCUUACCAAGCUGCGGAGCCACGUUACCGGGCCUGUCACUGACAACCCUCGCUGUUACCCUCCCCCUGGUGUUCAGUCCUGCCCACAUGAGCUAGUGCAGACUUCUAAUGUCAAUAAACUCCUGCUACUUGAUGCUGCCCACAACCGCUUAAUUGCGUGUGGGAGUACUUCCCAGGGAAUAUGCCAGUUCCUGCGUCUGGAUGAUUUAUUUAAGCUUGGUGAGCCACACCACCGUAAAGAGCAUUAUCUAUCCAGUGUUGCGGAGGCAGGCACCAUGUCUGGCGUAGUGAUCCCCCCUGAUAUUUUUGGUGGGGGCGGCAAGCUCUUUGUCGGCACCCCCAUUGACGGGAAAUCAGAGUAUUUUCCUACACUGUCGAGUCGCAAGCUGAUGUCGAAUGAGGAGAAUGCUGACAUGUUCAGCUUUGUGUACCAGGACGAGUUUGUGUCUUCCCAGCUUAAGAUUCCCUCAGACACUCUGUCCAAGUUCCCAGCGUUUGACAUCUACUACAUCUAUGGCUUCAACAGUGAGCAGUUUGUGUAUUACCUCACCUUACAGCUCGAUACCCAACUCACUUCACCAGAUGCAAGCAGCGAACAGUUCUUUACUUCCAAGAUCGUCCGCUUAUGCGUUGAUGAUCCUAAGUUCUAUUCGUAUGUUGAAUUCCCCAUUGGCUGCACUAAAGAUGGAGUGGAAUAUCGCUUGGUUCAGGAUGCUUAUUUGGCCCGACCAGGAACCCGCUUGGCACGUUCUCUUGGUAUUCGAGAACACGAGGAGGUUCUGUUCACUGUAUUUGCCCAAGGUCAGAAGAACAGAGCCAAGCCACCCAAGGAGUCCGCUUUGUGUUUGUUCACAAUGAGGCAGAUAAAGGAGAAGAUAAAAGAGAGGAUUCAGUCAUGCUACAAAGGAGAAGGAAAACUCUCCCUGCCCUGGCUGCUCAACAAGGAGCUGGCCUGCAUCAACUCGCCGCUGCAGAUAGACGAUAACUUCUGCGGCCAGGACUUCAACCAGCCCCUUGGAGGUACAAAAGCCAUUGAGGGCAUCCCACUUUACGUGGACAAGGAUGACGGCAUGACUUCUGUGGCGGCAUACGACUACAGAGGAAACACUGUGGCGUUUACUGGCACUCGCAGUGGACGCAUAAAGAAGAUCGUGGUGAACUCCGAUUCCCAGCCUGCCUUGUUGUAUGAGAAUGUGAUGGUGAGCGAUGGGAACCCCAUCCUGAGAGAUCUGCUCUUCAGUCCAGAUCAUCAGUUCUUGUACGCCCUCACUGAUAAACAGGUCACCCAUGUGCCAGUGGAAAGUUGUGAACAGUACACUUCUUGUAGAGACUGCCUGGGAUCAGGAGACCCUCACUGUGGCUGGUGUGUGCUACAUAACAUAUGUUCGAGGAGGGAUCGCUGCGAGCGAGCAGAGGAGCCUCAGCGUUUUACCACAAGAGUGGAGCAGUGUGUUCAUCUUUCCGUCCACCCUGAGACGGUCUCUGUCACCAUGUCAGAAGUGCAGUUGGUGCUUCAGGCGCAGAACGUGCCCAGUCUGUCUGCAGGAGUGAACUGCUCCUUCGAGGACUACGUAGAGACAGAAGGACGCAUCUACAGUGGACGGAUCUUCUGUCUGUCUCCCUCUACGAAAGAAAUUGCUCCUAUAACACGAGACCAGGGUGAUCGACGUAUAAUAAGGCUGUAUCUGAAGUCAAAAGAGACUGGGAAGAAGUUUGCCAGCGUCUUGUUUGUCUUCUACAACUGCAGCGUCCACCAGUCGUGCCUGUCCUGCGUUAACGCCAACUUCCCCUGCCACUGGUGCAAAUACCGCCACAUGUGCACACAGGACGCCAGCGACUGCUCCUUCCAGGAGGGCCGUGUUAACACUUCGCAGGAGUGCCCCCAGAUCCUGCCAUCCACUCAGAUCUACAUUCCUGCCGGGGUAAUGAGGCCAAUCACUCUGCUGGCUCAGAACCUGCCCCAGCCUCAGUCCGGACAGAGGAACUAUGAGUGCAUCUUUCACAUCCAGGGAAACACGCACAGUGUCCCUGCGCUGAGGUUCAACAGCUCAAGCAUCCAGUGUCAGAAGACCACGUACGACUACGAGGGCGGCGGUAUCAGUGACCUGCCGGUUGACCUCUCCGUGGUGUGGAACGGGAACUUUGUCAUUGACAACCCGUUCAAUAUUCAAGCCCACCUGUACAAGUGUAGGGCGUUACGAGACAGCUGCGGGAUGUGCCUGAAAGCUGACCCCAGGUUUGAAUGCGGUUGGUGUGUCCAAGAUAAGAAGUGCUCGCUGCGGCAGGAGUGUACAGGUGGAGGAAACUCCAACAUGCCGCUGGCUGAAGGUGGAGGAUGGAUGCAUGCCACAUCUGGAAACUGCCGUUGCACUCACCCUAAGAUCACAAAGCUGUUCCCGGAGACCGGACCUCGUCAAGGCGGGACCAGGGUGACUAUCUGGGGGGAAAACCUGGGCCUUCAAUUCCGAGACAUCCAAAUGGGAGUCAGGUUGGGAAAGGUGCCCUGUGUACCGAUUGAAGAGGAGUAUAUUAGUGCUGAGAGAAUCGUUUGUCUGCUGAAUGAUGCUACUGGCUUCCGGGUCCAAGAAGCUCAGGUGGAGGUGUGUGUGAGAGACUGCAUCAACGACUAUAGAGCUCUGUCACCAAGGCCAUUCACCUUUGUGACUCCUUACUUCACUCGUAUCCAGCCAUCUCAGGGUCCCAUUUCUGGCGGCACUAGGGUCACCAUUGAGGGAAGCUAUCUCAAUGCAGGCAGCUACGUUUCUGUCAGCAUCGGACCGCAGCCCUGUCAUUUUAAGAGGAGGAAUGGACGAGAGAUAGUGUGCAUUACCCCAGCCGGACAUGCACCAAGCACUUCAUCAGUCCUGGUGGACAUUGAUGACGCUGAGCUUCGGAACCCAGAGGUCAGAUUUAACUACACUGAAGACCCCACAGUCCUGAAAAUAGAGCCUGACUGGAGCAUUGCCAGUGGUGGAACUCCUCUGACAGUGAGUGGGACCAAUCUCGCAACCAUCAGAGAACCAAAGAUCAGGGCCAAGUACGGCCAGGCGGAGUCCUUUCAUAACUGCACCGUGUACAACAACUCUGUGAUGGUCUGCCUCGCUCCGUCAGUGGCCGAUUCCGAGCUGGGCUUUUCCGACACCGGCACUGGUCCAGAUGAAAUCGGCUUUUACAUGGACAACGUCAACUCUCUGGUGGUGGUCAACGAGACAUUCAACUACUAUCCUGACCCAGUCUUUGAGCCGCUGAGUCCAUCUGGUGUACUGGAACUCAAACCCACAUCACCACUAAUACUCAAGGGUCGUAACCUGAUCCCAGCGGCCCCAGGUAACAGCCGCCUGAACUACACGGUCCUGAUUGGAGAGACUCCCUGUGUUCUGACCCUGUCUGAGAGCCAGCUGUUGUGCGAAUGGCCCAACCUCACUGGACAACACAAAGUCACGAUCCGUGCAGGUGGAUUUGAAUACUCACCAGGAACUCUUCACAUCUACUCGGACAGCCUGCUCACCCUUCCUGCUAUCAUUGGCAUUGGAGGGGGCGGGGGCCUGCUUCUCUUGGUCAUCAUUGCUGUUCUGAUAGCCUACAAGAGGAAGUCGAGGGAUGCGGACCGCACUCUGAAACGUCUGCAGCUCCAAAUGGACAACCUUGAGUCACGAGUGGCCCUGGAGUGUAAAGAAGCUUUCGCCGAGCUGCAGACAGACAUCCAUGAACUGACCCAGGAAUUGGAUGGAGCCGGGAUUCCUUUUUUGGACUAUCGCACGUAUGCAAUGAGGGUCCUGUUUCCAGGAAUUGAGGAUCAUCCUGUGCUUAAGGAGAUGGAGGUACGGGUCCAAGCCAACGUUGAGAAGGCACUCACGCUGUUUGGGCAGCUGUUGACUAAGAAGCACUUCUUACUGACAUUCAUACGAACACUUGAGGCUCAAAGGUCAUUUUCGAUGCGGGAUCGAGGCAACGUGGCGUCUCUGAUCAUGACGGCCCUUCAGGGGGAGAUGGAGUACGCGACAGGGGUCCUGAAACAACUACUGUCUGAUCUGAUAGACAGAAACCUGGAGAGCAAAAAUCAUCCCAAACUGCUGCUAAGGAGAACGGAGUCUGUUGCUGAAAAGAUGCUAACCAACUGGUUUACUUUCCUCCUGUACAAGUUCCUCAAGGAGUGCGCCGGCGAGCCUCUGUUCAUGCUGUACUGUGCCAUCAAGCAGCAGAUGGAGAAGGGACCCAUUGAUGCCAUCACAGGAGAAGCUCGCUACUCCCUCAGCGAGGACAAGCUCAUCAGGCAACAGAUUGACUACAAAACACUGACGCUGCACUGUGUCAACCCAGAAAAUGAAAACGCCUCUGAGGUGACCGUCAAGGGUCUGAACUGUGACACCAUCACUCAGGUCAAAGAGAAGUUGCUUGAUGCUGUGUACAAAGGCAGCCCUUACUCACAAAGGCCAAAGGCUUCUGAUAUGGACCUUGAAUGGCGUCAGGGUCGGAUGGCCCGAAUCAUUCUGCAGGAUGAAGACGUCACAACCAAGAUCGACAACGACUGGAAAAGACUCAACACACUAGCUCACUAUCAGGUAACAGAUGGCUCAGUGAUCGCCCUGGUGCCAAAGCAGAAUUCUGCGUAUAACAUCUCCAACUCCUCCACCUUCACAAAGAGCCUAAGCAGAUACGAGAGCAUGCUGAGAACAGCCAGUAGUCCAGACAGCCUACGGUCCAGAACACCUAUGAUCACGCCGGACCUGGAGAGUGGGACAAAACUGUGGCAUCUGGUGAAGAACCACGACCACUCAGACCAGAGGGAGGGGGACCGAGGAAGCAAGAUGGUCUCUGAGAUUUACCUGACCAGGCUGCUGGCCACAAAAGGAACGUUACAGAAGUUUGUCGAUGACUUGUUCGAGACUAUCUUCAGCACAGCUCAUAGAGGAAGCGCUCUGCCGCUUGCCAUCAAGUACAUGUUCGACUUCCUGGAUGAACAAGCUGACAAACACUCCAUCAACGACUAUGACGUACGACACACCUGGAAGAGCAACUGUCUUCCUCUGCGGUUCUGGGUGAACGUGAUCAAGAACCCUCAGUUUGUAUUUGACAUCCAUAAAAACAGCAUCACGGACGCAUGCCUCUCUGUUGUGGCUCAGACCUUCAUGGACUCAUGUUCGACGUCUGAGCACAAACUAGGAAAAGACUCGCCUUCAAAUAAGCUUCUGUACGCUAAAGACAUUCCCAACUACAAGAGCUGGGUAGAAAGAUAUUACUCGGACAUUUCCCGUAUGCCAGCAAUCAGCGAUCAGGACAUGAGUGCCUACUUAGCAGAGCAGUCCCGGCUGCACCUCGACCAGUUCAACAGCAUGUCUGCUCUGCAUGAGAUCUACACCUACAUCAUCAAAUACAAAGAUGAGAUCCUGUCUGCACUACAGAAGGACGAGCAGUCUCGCAGGCAGCGGCUACGUGGCAAGCUAGAGCAGGUCAUCGACACAAUGGCCCUGGCAAGCUGAGGACUGGCCAAUCAGACACCUCAGCUAGCGCAGGGCUAACUCACACGCCUUCCCUCACCACUUCUGACAUCCCAUGACAUUUUGAUUUUUGACAUUUGAAAUCUGUUGUCACCACGCUCGCAGACAACAACCUACAGCAGUGGAAAAGACUGCAAGGACACGAGCACCGAGCAGCAGGGGCACACUGGAGGGACAGCAAAGUUUGGAUGCUAUCAGAAUGUUUAUUUACCCCGUUUUUUUUCCUUCUUCUUCUCGUCUGAGCCACAACUCUUACUAUGAUCAGCCAAAUCAAAAACAACCCCCAGCCUCAGCUAAUAUGGACCUGAGCCUAAACAGGUGAGCAGAAAAAACUCAUUUAGCUGAAGCUGAAACCCUGCAGGAAAGGUACAAGCCACAACUUGGUAGUUUCCACUGCCAAGGCAACAGUUCAGACUGCGAGUCGUCCAAAAUCCAGGAGAUUUUAUCACUCUUCCUGAUUCCCUUUCUGUUGCUAUUGUCCAUGGGGGAGAUAAAACAUCAGGGACUUUUGCAGAACUGCAGCAACAAGACAUGGCAGAGAUUUACUUAGCCAGUCAAAGACGUUUCAGUAUGCUGCUGCCACUGCAGAACGAUCACAACGGAGGACUGACCUGAGAAGCAAUUUCUGGUUUGUACUCUCCAGGUUUCUAUCAGCGAAAACGCCUCUGAAGUCAAACAAAAAAGUUCCAUAGUUCUACAUUUAAAUCGUCAUUGCAUCAAAUUCUUUUCUCUUCCCGGUGGCCGACUCUCCCCAGUGCUGUGCCACUUGUGUUACUGCUGAAUUUGCACAACAAAAGCUAAAUCAAAAGAGAGAAGAGGAUAUAUGAUUAAAUAUAUAUAUAGAUAUAUAAAUACAACACUUUGUUUUUAAAACAAAUCAAAAGUUGAACUUUUUUCCAUUUCAAUGUACAAAAGAUAUGUUUCAGAAAAUCUGAUAUUUCCUAGAUGAAAAAGAAUUAAGAAAACACAAGGAAAAAGAUGUCUUGUGCCAUGUUUUACUUUGAAUGUCGUUUAGUGCAAAGAGACUUCUUUUUGUUAGAUGAAAUGUGCUAUUAUGAUCAUGUCGUCAUGCUUAGUGACAGAGUUUAAAAACAGGUAAACAGCAGAAAUAUAUGAAUAUUUUACAGGCACUUUCUAUGUUACAUGAGGUCUUGGUGGCCAUUUUGUGUUACAUCGCUGGCUUUGGGGAUUGUAAAAAGACAAAUGAUGUCUAGAAGCCACCUUCGAGCCAACCAACCUGCAGUGCUUUUGUGUUUGCUUUUUAGAGAAACCAAAUACAUCAAAGUCAUCUGUUUUAGACGAGACAACAGUCAUUUAUGUUUAAGGCAGCCUCAUGCUGUGCUGGUAGACUCAGAGGCAUUAGGCAGUUAUUUAAGCAGAUCCCUGGCACACUGUGCUGUAUAGCUUCUUGGUCUUGUUUUCUAGACCUCCCCUCUCGUCUAAAACACUUUAUGGGGCAUGCCUUCUCAAAUGAAGGAUAGUUUCGCUGUGCAGAGAAAAGUGAAUCAGUUUUGUCAAGUCUGCAGUAAAGCCUGUAAUGCUUAAAGGGCCCCAUUUUUUUAAAAUGUGAAUGUGGUUUUACAAAAAAAAUAAUGAAAUGUAGCUUGAAAUAUGUGUUUUUGUACAAGUUGAAGGCCUUUCUCUUUUGGUUUUUUGUGGUUUUUUAGAGGUAAAAAGAUCUAAAACAUGUCCUGAUGUUUUUCCUUGCACAGUUUGCAAGAGCACAUGAACAUUCAGUGCUUUGAAAGGUAUUUUGUUCAUUUACAUCUCGUUUUCCCUCACAUGUACAUGGUUUCUUCAUAGGGUUGGAAAAGGAGAUAAAGGCUUGAAACUGUGCACACCAAGGUAAAAUGUUACAAACUCUGCCAUCAAUUAACAUCAACAUUAGAUACAGACCGUCAGACAAUGCAAAUCAGAUAAACAGGAAACAAUUGGUGUCACAUGGAUGUGUUAAACUUACAAGACCUUUCACACCUAUUGGCACCUCUGGCAAAAAUGUGAAUAACACUUUAAAAGAAAAUCUCUUAUUGCAGAAGUAUAGUCUCACACUGUUAAUUUUAGAAAAAUCCAUUGGCUUUCCCAACAGUUCAUAUUAUUUAUGUAUAACUGAAGUAUUUUUGCAAUUCCUACUUCUCUUUCAAAUCGAUCUGAAAAUCAAGGAAAUUUUAGGUUUGUUUUCCUAAGUUACAGAUUCGAUAUAGGCCCUUUUUUCACAUAUCCGCUGUUCAAAAUUGCCCAGAGAACAUGCAAUUAAAGUAAGGCAGAUAAGUGUCAACCAUACUGGUCUUGAAAUGGCUACAAAAACCAACUUGGCCACAUCUACAGUCAGUACUACAGUUAAAUAUAGUACAACUAAGAAUGAAAAACAUUGUAAACAAUUACAACUGUGUUAAAGAAGGGUGAAAAUUGAACCAAGUUUAAAUUACCACAGCACACAGUGAGGAGGAUGGUGAGGAAGGUAAAAUAAACUUUAAAGCCUUACUGAGAAGUACAGCAAAGAGUGUCAUCUUGGGAUCAUCAACUCUCUUUAACAGCCAUUAAAUCCUAGUGGGUCUGCUGUAAAACAGAGGACCAAUAUGAGAUAAACCACCUCAUGCUCACUGUUAAGUACAGUGAAGGAUCUGCGAUGCUGUGGGCCUCUCUCUUCCAAGGCUCUGUAAACCUCAUGAACUCUUUCAAGAAGUAUCUGGUUGACUUGACCACUGAACAAAAAAUGGCUAAUGAUUGUAUUUUCUGCCCAAUAACUUACAACAUAUAACAUUCAUAAUUCACCAGACAUAAAAAUUUACCUUCUUACAAGGCCUUUACAGUCACGAGACCUAAAUGUUUUAGAAAACCUGUGGGAACAGCUACAGAGAAGAGUGCAACUGAUGGGAGCAGUGCCGAACAGCUCAAAGAUCCCUCUGUCUGUAUGCUCUAUGUGAAAUGUUAUUGGAUAAGAUGAAGUACUGUCUUACAGACCAAAAGUAUUUGCACAAAGGAAAGGGGUUUAAAUAAUUGUGGCACCAUGAAAUUGAAAGAAAUAGUUUUUAAAUAAAUGCACUCAAAAGUUGGAUUUAAAAACCUUCAGAGUGAGAUUAUGCUACUGCAUUAAAAGUAGAUCAUUUUAAAUUGAUUUUUACACCUUUUAUAAUAAUAGUGGAGGAUGUAUUUUAACCUCUCCAACACAUGCAGUAAAAAAAGGCUCAAUCUUGACAAGCAUCUUACUGAGCAGCGUUUCAUCAAAGGAAACAUUUCUCCCAUAAGUUGUGCAAAUCUCGUGUGACUAAAAAUGUUGGAUCAUUUGGAAAAGCACAUAUGCACAUUUUAUGUGUUGUAAUGAUCAGUAUGAUAUGCAGCAACUGGAUGUAAUGUAAUAAUCUAAGAAAGAACAUUGACACACCACAAUGGUUUAAAACAAGUAAUCAAUUUUAUUACAUUUUAAAUGCAUAUUCAAUCCAAUUUAAAGUGGCAAAACGACAUCCAGUUGUCUGUUUCACUGCUGUGAAUGCAGAAGAUAAGUCCUUAACAGACUGAAAAGUGUGACCAACACCAUAAAAAUCACCAGAAGCUGUGAGACUCAACCUGAGUGAUAAUUGUUUAGUCAUAGCAAAAGUGUUCAUUUGGUGAUUUUCAGCUUUGGGACGUUUGUGGACACCUGCUUGUAUAUUUGGGAAGUACAAAGGCAAAAGACACAACAGGCUAAGUUUAAUCUGCAUAAAUCCACAUGAAUUUUAUGUCUAUGACUCAUACUUUAGCAAAUCAACAAAGGUUUAUGCAUUCCAGCAUGGUUCACUUUUAAAUUUAGUUUUUCUUUUUUUUUUUCAAACUUGCACCCUUGUACACCCAUUUCACAAACCUGAGUACAUAUAGCAGAUUUUAGCAUCAUUAAACAGAGUCCAGCUACAUAGUUUGAGCUAUUCUUCAUAUCUUCCAAAAACCCUUUAAAGAUCUAGUGUUCAUUUAAACAGCUCAUCUUGCUGUUUUUAUUUUACAUCAUGAAUAUGUGUCCAUACAUAAUGAAUCGUUCUGUAUGUGCUUCAAUACUUGAACCACCGAUUUAGACAGGGUAAAAAAAAGCAUACAGAGCGAGCCAACCAAAGCUCAUAGUCAUCCACACAAGGAAAGCAACUCCAUGAGAGGAAGUUGUCAUUGAGGUGUCUGCUUUACAGUUCUUCCACAAAGCAAUUUUCAGUGUUUUAAUAAUUGAAAUAUUUUCCAUAUUUAAAGUACUUAAUGUUUCUUCCUUUUUCUUGAAGUGUGGUAAAACGUAAAUAGUAUUACUUCCAUGUACAGGCAUUCAUUGACACAUUCUGUUCAAUCUAAAUGAGUAACUGAAACCAUCUGAGGAUGUGGACCACUACAUUGACAUUUGACUCUUAUUCACUUGCUCCGUAGAAGAAAACUUGUAGAAAUUGUUUUCAUGAUAUUGAAACAGUGCUGAGGUUUACCUCUUGGUCUCUUUUGUAGACAGUAGAAAAGUGAUGCUUUGUUUUAUCUGUUUUGCUUCUUGUUCUCUGCUUCACAACAAGUUUGAGUAAAAGAUAAACAAAAAAACUCAUCUAAGGCGCAGGAAGUUGCUUUAAAGGCCAAUAUACCUCUUCAUUUCCGAUUCCUUCACAUCUUUUGGGUUCAUUGUACUUUUUUCAGAAAAAGAAACUUUUAAAAGAGGAUUGAGCUAGUUGGUCCCUUGAUGACAACACACGUUUCAAUGUGCCUUGUUGGCUUCGUACGAUGUUGCUUCAAACUACAGAAAGGAAAUGAAUGAACUUUUUUUUGUUUGUUUUUUUUAAUCGGUCAGAAAAUAAAAAAAGGAAACAGAAAAGUAAUUUUAAUGUGUGAUAUUAUCAGCAGUUUGAAAAAAAGGAUCACAAGGGUAUUUAUUUUUUGAAAGAAAGGUUAUAAAAAAAUAAAAAGUUAAAGGUACAUAAGGUACAAAAUGGCAAUGACCAAUGCCCAGCUCAGAACCUCACGAACAUUGUUUUCCCGAACAAGCGUGUCAAGAUAAAGUACCUUCUAUACAUGCUAUACAAAUAAUAGAGUGCCAAUGAAUUGUGUGCUUUCAGCAUCUCUUGUUUAUCUGCUGGCUGCAUUUUCCGAGGACUCAGCUUUGUUUGAGGGUCUUAUUCUGAGUUAUGUUAGAGACCUCUAUCAGGGCUUUUGCCACCCAUUAGAAAAUUUAUGAGCCACAAAUAUUCAAGCUAAACAUAAUUUUUUUUUUCCAUAUUACAUAAGCUGAAAAAGUGAAAAUGUGUGGUUUUAUGAAUUUAAAACACUGGACUGUUUGUUUCCAUUUAACAAAAAAAUUAUUUUUGAUUGAAAUUUCAUUUUACACUUUUGCACAAAACUGGUCUUAAACAUAACUUUACCACAUUACUCAGUCCAUACAUAAAGAAAAAAAUAUUGUGUGGUUAUUAACACACAGCUUUCACGUUAACUUUUUUUCACUUUGCCUGAGGUGAUUUCGUUUAGCGAACAAUUGGGCCAAAUGCAGGUUUUUAUUAAGCAAGCAUUGUCCUAGCUCUAUUCAAGCCUGAUAAAACGGUAAUAAUAAUGUCUGAUGGUGUUUGAGUUAACCCAACGUGUUUGUAACGUUCAAAGCAAGUAACAGAUAGUUUUGUCAGUAAAGAGUAAAAAAAAAAACAAGAAACAGACAAAUUAAACUGAGUUAGCAUAUUUUAGCCAGCGAAUGAGAACAUUAUAACAAAAACUCAUGGAAACAAAAGUAAAGGUAGCAAUAUGUUAGUUUUAUCCAUAAAGAGUUGAAAAAAGAAGGGAAAAAGAUUAAUCAUACUGGGUUAGCAAACUUUAGCCAACAAAUUAGUGGACAAAGGUACAAAACAUGUGGUGGUGCAAUAAAUCCACUCUUCUGGUGUGGCUUAUAAUAGCUGAAAUUAUUAGGGGUGUAUUUUUGUACACUUGUCAUACCCAGGCAUUGUGUUUCAUUCUUUUGAGGUUAAAAUUUUUUUUAGAAACAUAGUAACCCUUGCAGUCCCCUCUUCCCACUAGCUAGGCUAGAUACUAAGCUGUUUGAAGUUCAUUUGAAAGUAGUAAGGCUAAGAUAGCUCUUCUGCUCUAUGAAAACCCAGUUUAGUCUAAAUCCUACAUGACAAAGCUGAUUCUUUAUUUACAAUAGUUCACAAUCUGGUGGAUGAUAUUCUAUUGACUUCAUAAACCUUUCUAAAUAUGUGGCACAGGUGAGAAAGUUUUCAAAAUUCUUAAGCCAUUAAAGCAAUUUCUCUGUUUCUGACAACUGACAAACGUUUUGCACAUUUUAAAAGCCAUUUUGAAAGUCCAUUCUAACGUAGAUGUUAAAUGGAUUUUAAUAUUCGGUCGAACCCUCCAGUAUGACACUCAUGACCCCAAAAAACAACACUUGCAGGUUUGUCAUCCUGUGCUUUGGCUUCCUCGCCAACACUUCGGAGACAGGCAGAGAAUGUUAAACACCUCUCACAGAUUAAAGAGAAGAGACACAGAAAGGAAAAAAAAUACCUUAGAGUUUUAAUACUUUAUGAAUUACGAUACCUUUUCAAGAGUUUCAGAUUUGAAGCUGCUGUGACAGGUUUUGGCUGUUUCACAACCAUGUAAAUACCCUGCUCUUUCCUAUUUUGCAGAUUUAUUACUUGUGUAUAGACACGCAUCAAGAAGAGAUUAAACAUGUUUUUGCUAAAUCUG